AUGGCUUUCAAGAUAUUCAUGAUGCGAUUUCGACGGUAUUUGAUCUGCGACAAAGAUAGGCCAAAGCCCGGCCUGAACAUUGGUGGUCCGACCGACGUACGGGUGAUCGAUGUUUCAGACUCUCUCCCUGGCCUCACAGACGCUCAACGUAAGCAGAUUAGAGAAGAAGCGUCCAGCGGUGCCCUCCGCUUGCAAAGCAUGGAACCUCAACCACUCACAUCUCCUCCUUCAUCCAAGUACUCGGACACGCGCCAUCCAUCUGUCCCCACCAACACACUUGGAAGCCUUUCCUCCAAUACAGAAACAAUUUCGCACCAUUCUUUCGCAGGCAUGUCCCCUAAGGAACACGUCGUGGCGCCUCUCAAUACCGCUCCUAAAAAUCUAUCCAGCAAUGUUUCAGCAUCACGGCGCCGCAAAAGAAAAGACUACAGUCCAACAGCGACACGUAUGAAAAGUACGUGGAGUAGUGAUCGGCCAUAUAGCAGCGGGUCUAGCGGCGAAGACGAGAUCUCCCGGUCCUCCCAUUCUAAUGCAAUGGGCAUCGAGCUCAAGAAGCUUGGCACGGAGUCUCCACAUGCGCUGGAUAUAGACAAGGGUGAUCAUGUUCAGGAUAGCGCUCAUGGUGCGAAGGAGGAAGAAAGCAUGGUUACGGGACACGCUGCUGUCAGGCGACCCGAUGAUCAUGUACAUGUGGAGCACGACUGA